UUUAACGAAUGGUGUGUGAAAUUGAGACCGACCUUGGUACUGGGGGCCAACUGAUAACCAAAGAGGAAAUUUUGUAGUGAAUUUCACAUUGAUUUUCGCGCUUUACACGAUAAAACAUUUCAACCAAUUUGUUUCACGCAUUUCAUAGCGAAGGAUAAUGAUCCUGAUCCUGAUUCUGAUUCAGUUCAUCGCUUGCGGAAGUUGAACCUGAAUUCGUAGAGUUAUUGGGUGGUUUUCUUGUUUUCGGAAUCAAUGGUGCAGAGGAGGACGAGGAGACCUCUGAUUCUGAAUUCAUCGAAAACCCACUUCAGCUCCGUGUUUAACUCCUUGCCGGUCGCCGGAGAACACAAUCUUUCCACCGAUUCUGAGCCCCCUGAGUUGCAGUUGCAGACUGGAAUUCUCCGAUUCGACGAAGAUGGAAUUCAAAACUCACCUCGGAAGUUGUUUUCCUUCGACGACUCGGCCGUGGUUGGGGUAUCGACGUCCGUUCUGAAAAGACUGUCUAUAGCUUCAGGCUCUUUGGUUCUUGUGAAGAAUCUCGAAUCUAAAGCGGAGAGGGUUGCUCAGGCAGUUGUUCUUGAUCCUUCAUGCACCAAUGAAAGUACUUCUAACGGCAAACAAUCUUCUUCUGGUCAUGUUAUGCUUGUUUUUCCUUCUUUUAGUUUCCCUCAAAAGGAUCAACUACCAGUGGAUUCUGGCACUGCCUAUCUAUCUCCCCUUCUGGCGUUCAACCUGGAUUUCCAUUUAUCAUGCUUAGGAAGCCUAGUAAACAAAGGACAAGAAACUUUAGCAUCAUACUUUCAAGCUAGAGUCAAUGAUUUGACGUCUGGAGAAGGGACCGUUCCUUCUGUUAUUGAAGUAGGAUUGAAACCUCUGGCUACAUUGCCACUGUAUGCCUCCCACCUGCGGGUUUCUUUUGUAAAAGUGCCAUCUUGUGGAAUCCUUGAAUCUCUAAAUGAGAUAUCAUUUAUUGAAGCUGAAAAUAGUCAGGAAGUAAUUGAUUCUGCACUACAAAAAUACUUCGAAGUAGAAAGGUAUCUAGCCAGAGGUGAUAUUUUCAGUGUUCAAAUAAAUCGAAAUUGCAAAUCCCCGUUUUGCAUUAGGUGCAACAAAAGCACAAGGGAAAGAAGUGAUGAUAUCAUCUAUUUUAAGGUUGUGGCAAUGGAGCCAUCAGACGAACCUGUUCUUCGUAUAAAUCGUACUCAUACUGCUCUUGUGCUUGGAGGCACUGUUCAUUCUGCCGUCCCUCCUGAUCUAUUGGUUGGUUUACCAAGAACGCUGGCACCUGUACAGGCAAACACAGUGAAGCUUUUGGCAUCCAUACUUACGCCGACUCUCUGUCCAUCUCCUCUUUCUUCAAGAUAUAGAAUUAGUGUUCUAUUAUAUGGCAUGGAAGGGUGCGGAAAGAGGACUGUGAUCAGAUAUGUUGCUCAAAGAUUGGGCCUUCAUGUAGUUGAGUUUAGCUGCCAUGAUAUUAUGGCUUCAAGUGAAAAAAGAGCACCUGCAGCUUUAGCCCAAGCUUUUAACAUGGCUCACAGAUACUCGCCAACGGUACUUCUUCUUCGCCACUUUGAUGUUUUUCGGAAUUUGGGUUCCAAUGAUGGCUCACCUAAUGAACAACUUGGCAUUCCUACUGAAGUUGCUUCAGUAAUAAAGGAAUUCACUGAGCCAGUUUCUGAUGAGGAAGAUGCACAUUAUUCAGGAGAAGGAAACAAUAAUCUUGAGAAAAGCAAGGCUUUUAGGCAUCCACUGCUUUUAGUUGCAGCUGCUGAAAGUUGUGAAGGUCUACCAACUUCUAUUAGGCGUUGCUUCAGUCAUGAAUUAAAAAUGGGUCCAUUGGCUGAAGAACAGAGGGUCGAAAUUCUUUCCCAGUGCCUGCGUGGCACUCCUGAACUUCUUCCCGAUACUGACGUGGAGGAUUUCAUAAAGGAUGUUGCUACACAGACAUCUGGCUUUAUGCCAAGGGAUCUACAUGCUUUGGUAGCUGAUGCAGGUGCAAACUUGUUGGCCAGGGUCAAUUCUCAGACUAAUAAAGAUGAGAAUGAGACAUUAGAGAGUCGACUUAGAUCACAAGUACUUACUGAUAGAUCCAGUGAAGAAAAGCCUCUUAUAAUGAAAAAAGAAGAUUUCAGCUCCUCAAUGGAUCGGUCCAAAAAAAGAAAUGCAUCAGCGCUGGGUGCUCCAAAGGUUCCAAAUGUGAAAUGGGAAGAUGUUGGGGGACUUGAAGACGUGAAAAAAUCAAUUAUGGAUACAGUUCAGUUACCUUUGUUGCACAAGGAUCUGUUCUCUUCAGGUUUGCGCAAACGGUCUGGUGUCCUUUUAUAUGGCCCUCCUGGAACUGGAAAGACUCUUCUAGCCAAAGCUGUUGCUACCGAGUGCUCUUUAAACUUCCUGAGUGUCAAGGGACCUGAACUAAUCAACAUGUAUAUUGGAGAGUCAGAGAAAAACGUUAGAGACAUUUUCCAGAAGGCUAGGUCUGCACGCCCUUGUGUUAUCUUUUUUGAUGAGUUGGAUUCUCUUGCUCCUGCUCGAGGGGUGUCCGGAGAUUCUGGUGGUGUUAUGGACAGAGUAGUUUCCCAGAUGCUUGCAGAGAUUGAUGGCCUUAACGAUUCUAGCCAGGAUCUCUUUAUCAUUGGAGCAAGUAAUAGACCAGAUCUGAUUGACCCUGCACUUCUGCGUCCUGGUCGGUUUGAUAAGUUGCUAUAUGUUGGAGUGAACUCUGAAGCAUCUUACAGGGAACGAGUUGUUAAAGCUCUCACUCGGAAAUUUAAGUUGCACGAGAACAUUUCUCUUCUCUCUAUUGCCAAAAAAUGCCCUCCAAACUUCACUGGUGCAGACAUGUAUGCCUUGUGUGCUGAUGCUUGGUUCCAUGCUGCCAAGCGUAAGGUUAUAAGUUCAGAUUCAAGUUCUUCUAUUGAUGGCCAAGACGAUACUGUUAUUGUUGAACAUGAUGAUUUUGUCGAGGUUUUAAAAGAACUCUCUCCCUCGUUGUCAAUGGCUGAGCUCAAAAAAUAUGAGCAGCUGCGAGAUCAAUUCGAAGGAGCUGCAAAAUAAUGUACGAGUUUAGUUAUUGCUUCAAAAUUAAUAAUAAGCCAAUUAUUGAAAAUGAAUAAUUUUCUUGUAUGUUCAGUUCAAUAUCUUUUUCAUUGGUCAAUCAUGAGUUGGAUUCUUGCUGUAAUAAUAAAGGGUUGGUGGUGUUUUUUUUUUUCUUCUUAAUACAAAUAUUGUAUUUUGUAAAAGAAUUAGUUGGGAAAUGAGGUGCUUUAAUUUCUUAUUCAAGUUUUGAAGGAUUAUCUAAAAAAGUACAAAUUAAAUUUUUAGCUUGAGGAUUAUCCCUCCUUUGCAUUGAA